AUGAAGGCGACAGAAGAAAAUUCCUCCAAGACACGAGACGAUGUGAAUCAACGAAUCCAAACGAGAACUUUACAAACACAUCUGAAAACUACGUCGAAUGAUGAGAUAAUGAGUUCCAAUGUAGCUCUAUCAUCUACCUCAAUUUUGCCACCAUCAACGAAUGGACCAAAGAAAUUGAAUAUAUUCAAGAAGCCAUCAUCGAGUAAUCAAGUUUCAUGUGCGUUACGCAAUGGGGUGCUGUGUAAGUUCGGCUGCGUUUCAAGGAUGAAGUGUAAGUGCCCAGAAGUUGAUCAUGUUCUUGCAUCAAACGGUGCAUGUGUUGAAAAAAGUACGAAAUCGUUGUCAAUGUGCCUGUCGAAGCGUGAUGUUAACGCCACUUGGGAUCCACGUGUACGAGUGCUACACAUUUACAGUCACGAGGUUUUCAAUGAAGUUAAAGAAAGGGAAUCUGCUGAUAAAGUUUUCCUUGAAUUUGGUCGCGUGAAAGAGGCAAAAACGGCUAUCGGACGGCCAACAAAAAAGGUGCCGUUUGAUGGAUACGUCUUCGAAACAUCGCCAGUCCAACGAAAUCGAAUGGUUGUCCGCAGAGAUGUGAGUUACAUCCGCAAAUGCUUAUCGAAUGAACGCUCGGCCACUUUCAUAUGUUCAUUAGAUUCUCUAGAUAUGAUACACACCCGACAUUUUUGUUUUGAUUACAGUGCUUAA